AUGACGAAUCCGAUCACAAAACAAGUAAAACUUAUACAAAGGAAACGAGAGGAUGGGAGUCUUGGAUGGAUGGAAGAUGACAGCCUUUUAUCCUUGUUUGACGAAUCAUCAUUAAGAGUAUUGACGAAACCAACCUUAAUGAAGAAUAAAGGCUACCGUUACCCACUAUUGAAUCUUCAGGGAGUGGCACGCUCUAAUGACGCCAGCCAUUAUUUUAGAAGUAACCAGGCAAAAGUCCCGAAAAGCCGUCGGAUCACCACGCCUGCCUAUUGGGGUAUUUUGGACUUGACCAAGGAUAAUCUUCAAGAGUACUUUAAUGGAAACUGCGAAAUCACCCACGAUGACGAUAAUGAUCAAUUGAAGAAGCUUCAUCACAACAUACAAUUCAUGUAUUUAGCUCGUUUUGUGUUUUAUGUAUACAACAUUCCUUUGGUGUCGUCUGAUCAUUUCACAGAAAAGCGAAUAUGUACUCGUUCCGUGCGAGCGCAGCUUCAUAGAAAAGUUGAUAUGAAAGUAACCCUACUAAAGACACUUAUCAAAUUUGAGGCCUUGUUUGGCGAAGUAGCAGGCGGCUUAGGUCCCUUCGGAAUUCCUUCGUCGUGUCGAAAGAAGAGAUAUCUUGACAAAGUCAAGCUGGCAAUUGCCAUGCGAGACUCUUUGAAUCGUAUACUUAAAGACUGCCUACACAUAUCUGGUGAAAGAAGAAAGGCUUUGGUUGUCUAUGGAUGGUUACAAAUAGUUGUGGCUGGAAGUAAAUUUUUACGCAAUUGGACUGGCAAGGAAGCGGACUUUACAGAUACUUAUGAGUCACAAAAAUUACCGCUUUAA